AUGACAUCGGUGGACGCGCACGAGCCGCUUCGACAGCUCGACGUCGAGCUCGAUGUGCAUCCCGCCAUCAUCUCAGCCCUGAUCCGCCGAACGAGGUCCUUGGUCGCGCGACUCAUCGAUCGAGACAUCGAUGAAGCGAGAAUUACAGGCGCCGAAGGCCUCAUCAACUCGAAAGUGGUUUCGGCCUUUCAUGAGCUCGGAGGCGACUUUGGAGAUGCCGUGCCUUACGCCUUGAUGGAAGCUCGCAAGACGUUCCAACGCGAUGCCGAGAAACAGCCGCUGGACCACGGCCUCAACAACAACAGAGUGAUCGCAUGCGAAGUGCUCGUCCAGCGCCUUGUCGCUCACAUCGAAAGGAGCUCCUACGAGAAGAGCUCGUCGAGCACGGCAAGCUACCACAUGUGCUUGACGAAGAAGUUUCGACGGUACGAGAGCGACGGCGACGUUGCCAUCCCCACAUCGGCCUUGGAGGCGGCUAUUGAUCAGAAUUGCGUGCCGGUGUUGUCGUCGAUCGAGGCGAGGAGGGCAACGCAAGCCAUCUGGGACGGAUCGCUGGUGCAACAGUAUUCACCGCAAGGCUACACCUACUUUGUGCCCUACGACAGAAAGGACGACGGUGCCUUCCUAUCGCACUUCCACCCUUCACGAUUGGGGGUACCCAAGUACUCGUACAUCACCAACAUCAUCCUCUGGAUCUUCUUCCUCGCCAUCUUCACGGUGCAGACGAGGAUACUCAAGUCAUUCGACCUGUUCGAAGCAAUUUUGUGGGUGAUGGCCGCCGGCUAUCUAGUCGAGGAUGCUACGCGCUGCAUAAAGAUGGGAGGACUCGGCGCGAUCGAAUUCUGGACAGUCAUUGACAUCUGUACCGAUGGCCUGCUUCUGGUGUCGUUCUGCUUCCGCGUAGCCAGCUUCGUAGCCCACGACAAGAAGUCGGACUCGUACGAGCUGCGUGCGUUCCAAUUUCUGGCGUGCGUGGCACCGCUCAUCUGGGUUCAGCUGCUCAAGGUCUUUGACGGCUUUGUGUACUUUGGUACGCUGACCGUGAUCAUCCUGCGCAUGUUCAAGGAGAGUGCCAUCUUCUUCACGCUCCUGGCGUUGGUCAUGGUGGGCUUUGGUCAUGCAUUUUUGGCGCUCGAUGCUGCCGAUGAAUCGCGCGUGGAUAAUGCGGUGGUGAAGAUCGUCGAUCUGCUGACGCAAUCGGUGCUGGGUGGAGCCGACUUUGAUCUGACGAGCGAGGACGCUUUUGGCUAUCCGUACGGCCACAUUCUCUACUACGCGUACUGCUUUGUCACUGCGGUGAUUCUGCUCAACAUCCUCAUUGCGUUCUUCGGAACGGCGUAUAGCGACGUGGUCGACUCGGCUGACGAGGUGUAUGCGGCUUUCUUCUGCCAGAAGGUGGUGGCUAUGGUCAGAGCGCCGGAUCAAUUCGUUUACCUGCCACCUUUCAACCUGCUCGAAGCGUUCGUGAUCGCGCCCCUGGAAUGGGUGACGUCGCACGAGACGUAUGCAAGGAUCAACUAUGCGGUGCAGUCGGUGCUGUAUGCGGUUCCGCUCAUGUGGAUCGCGUUCUACGAAAGCCGGACAGCACGAAACGGAGGGUCGAUCCGGCUGCCAAUGCUGGAGAACGAGGCAAGCGAUCCGACACACUCGAUGCUGGACGGCACUGAGGAGGAUCCGAUCGUACCGGAGAUGGAAGGCAGCGGCGGAUUGCAAAUCUCGCGAACCAAGUUCGAGGACAUUGUUGGAAUGCUGCAGCGCUGA